UCCCCUGUUGCAGUAGAGCAUCGAUUCAGUUAAUAGUUAAAGCCGGAGACGAGCAAGCGGUCCAAGUUUUAAUACGAUUUUGGUGUCAAUCAAAGCCUACACUUAAAUAAGCUGGUUUUUACACGAUGCAUAUUCUUAGUAUAUCCCUGAUGGUGGUCCUGCCUGCCAUCGCUUUGGCAGGAUUAUGUGAUGUAGAGCCCAAUGCGAAUUUGUUGGACCAACGGCUCAACCUCUACAAGGGAGAGCAGAACUUCGCGGUGUCCAUGCUGGAUGCGAUACGCAAGAGCACUCCCAACGAGAACGUUUUCUUCUCGCCGUACAGCACCUACCAUGCCCUGCUCCUCGCCUACUUCAGUUCCUCGGGCGAGACAGAGAAGGAGCUGGCCGAGGUGCUCCAUCUGGACUGGGCCGACUCAAAGGAGACGGUUCGCAGUGCCUACAUCCUGGAGAAGAAGAACCGCCAGAAGCGACAGAGCAGUAUGCCACUGGAGUUCUCCUCCGCGGAUUGCAUAUUCUUCGCCAAGGACUUGCCACUGACCAGCUGUGCUGAGACCCGUUUGGCUGAGGAAGUUAAGCCGAUCGACUUCAAGAACCAAGCUGAGAAGGCGCGUAAAGAAAUCAACGAUUGGAUUGCCAACAAUACCUAUGGCCAAAUCCGCGACAUGCUUGGUAGUGAUGAUAUCAGUACUCACACUCGAUUGGUCCUGGCCAAUGCGGCCUACUUGAAGGGUCAGUGGCUGAGUCAGUUCAAGAAGGAGAAAACCGUUCCGAUGCCCUUCUACACUUCGCCCUCGAACUUCUCGCUGGUGUCCAUGAUGCAGCAGAAGGGAGCCUUCCUGCUGAACGUGGAUGAGCAGCUGCGCGCCCAUGUCCUUCAGAUGCCCUACCGCACUGUCUUUGAGUCGGAGGAGAAGCCCGACAGCCUGCCCGAUGAGAACUCGGACAUCUCGAUGGUGCUCAUCCUGCCGCCCUUCAACAGCAACUCCCUGGAGGAUGUGCUAUCCCGACUAAACGCCGAAAGCCUGGAGGAUUCUCUCAGGCAGGCCAUGCCACGCGAAAUCGAAGUCUCUCUGCCCAAGUUUGAGUUUGAACAGCGAUUGGAACUGAACCCAAUCCUUGCCAAAAUGGGAAUCAAAAAAAUGUUCGACGAGACCACUGCCACCUUCGAUGAUCUCACCUCGGAGGCAAUUUCCAUCGGUGACUCCCGGCACGUGGCCAAGAUCAAGGUCGACGAGGAGGGAAGCACAGCUGCGGCGGCCACAGCUCUCUUCACCUACCGAUCGGCCCGACCCGUGGAACCCGCCAAGUUCGAGUGCAACCAUCCGUUCCUGUUCGUCAUUUACGAUCGCACCUCCAAAUCAAUUCUGUUUACGGGUAUCUAUCGCGAUCCGAGCACGGUGAAACAAUAGAUGAGGCAGCUUCCGGGUGCAUUUCAAUUAUCCUAACCAAAUUUUGUUUUGACUCAGAAUUACCAUGUAAGCAUUUUGACUUGCACAGACGAUAAUAAAUUAUUUUAACCUAUA